GACCUCGGUAGGGCCGUAUGUACUCUGUACGCCGCGGGACAGUGGGAGCAGCACUCGACACAGAAUUAUUUCUCAUGGCAAUCAGAUAACGGCUACAGUAAGUCGUUGAAAAGCCACGAUAAGAAUCCUUACCGUCUAGGCAGUGCAAAACCUAUAGCAUCUGUCUGGCUAGUACGUGCUCGCAAUGAUAUAUGGUCACGUGGAUCCCUACACACGUUGGUGUGUGUGGACGGCAAUAAAUUUACCGAUAAGGAAGUAAACGGGCGCUUCUUAGUGCGGAGAUGGGAGCUGCAACCGGAAGCAGAACGGGUGAACUGA